UAUCAAGAUGAAUUUCCAUCUCAAAGCCUAAGUUCAACUUUGGAAAUAAUGUCCAAGUAUUCUAUUUAUAUCUCCCGCUUUCGAUCCGCUGGGAAAGUUGACCAAAUCCGUUUCCGCACUUCCAAAAAGCAGAGAAAAGCAGAAGAACCAAAAAUCCAUCCUUCUUUCGCUCUCACCAAACCACACCUCAAGCAUAGACCUGACCUACCCUGCACCAUGCCUCCCACGACCGUUGACGAAUUAAUUCAGCCAUUCCUCUCCGAGCCAUGGUGCAUGAAAUUGAUUCGAGAUCCGACUUACACCAUACAAACCCCAAUGUCUCGAACCGGUGAGCCUAAGGUCAACCAUGAGUUAUUUGCCCGCACAAUGAAAUCGCCCGACUGCAUACCGGGUUUCAUCGAUUUGAAAAAGAAGACACCAAAUCCGGACGGGGUUGUGGAAGAAAGAAUUUCCCUCUUUGCCAUCGACCAUGGAAUCGACGGUUACCGCGGGGUAGUUCACGGCGGCAUGGUAGCCGCAAUGAUCGACGAGUCUGUUGGGGGCGCCGUAAAAGCCACUUUUAACGAGGGCACUGAGGGCAAACCGUUGAGGAGGCAGAAGCUCAUGACCAAGUUUCUCAAUGUUACCUUCAUCCGGCCAGUGUCCACGCCUGGGUUUGUACAGUGUCGGGUCAAGCUUGACAGAAGCGAGGGCAGAAAAGUCUUUUACACCGCAGUUCUGCAGGACGGCGAGGGAAAGGAUCUAGCAAAGGGCGAAGCUUUGUUCGUGAGAGUACAAGAGAAGUUAUAGGCUUAUAGCACCUGGUGCACCUCGAGUGGGGGUGGGGCUGGUCGAGCUAGGUUGCCCUAUGUAUUAUUCGACACAGCCAAACAUCUUUGGUGCUCCUUUUCAUUGCCCACGUUUGAGAAACAAUACUAGGUAGAUCAAAGCCUUGUAGGCGUUGUACACGACUAACUGACUGUUGCUCAAAACGCCCGACAGUCAUCCCCUUGUGGGCCGAGGCUCGGACAAUCUGGGCGCAGCAGCUGGGAGCCUGGGAGACCCUUGCAACCUUGCCCAUACCCCAUGUCUAUAGCCCACCCCCGAAUUCAAGUGGCUCCAAUCGUCACUUACGC